GGUGCGGGCAGCGCGGCCUCUCCCGCUCCUCCCGCUGCCCCCGGGCCUUCCCCAGGGCCUCCCCCCCUUCCCCGGGCCUCCCCCCGGGGCUCCCCCCGCUCCCCCCCGCUCCCCGCCGCCAUGUUCCUCACACGCUCCGAGUACGACCGGGGGGUGAACACUUUUUCUCCAGAGGGGAGGCUCUUCCAAGUGGAGUAUGCCAUCGAGGCCAUCAAGCUGGGUUCCACAGCCAUUGGGAUCCAGACCUCGGAGGGAGUCUGCCUGGCAGUGGAGAAGAGGAUCACCUCCCCCCUGAUGGAGCCCAGCAGCAUUGAGAAAAUCGUGGAGAUUGAUUCCCACAUUGGCUGUGCCAUGAGUGGGUUGAUAGCUGAUGCAAAGACAUUGAUUGAUAAAGCAAGAGUGGAGACUCAGAAUCACUGGUUCACCUACAACGAAACCAUGACAGUGGAGAGUGUGACACAGGCUGUGUCCAACCUGGCCCUGCAGUUUGGGGAGGAGGAUGCAGACCCAGGGGCCAUGUCUCGUCCUUUUGGUGUUGCACUCUUGUUUGGAGGAGUUGAUGAGAAGGGACCUCAGCUGUUUCACAUGGACCCCUCGGGCACCUUCGUGCAGUGCGAUGCCAGAGCCAUCGGCUCUGCCUCGGAAGGAGCUCAGAGCUCUCUGCAGGAGGUGUACCACAAGUCCAUGACACUGAAAGAAGCCAUCAAAUCAUCCCUGGUCAUCCUGAAACAAGUGAUGGAGGAGAAACUGAAUGCCACCAACAUCGAGUUGGCCACGGUGGAGCCUGGGAUGAAGUUCCACAUGUACACCAAGGAGGAGCUGGAGGAGGUCAUCAAGGAUAUCUGAAGAGGAGAGAAACUCCCUCAAAAGCUCAUUCCCCCCCCACCCCUCCCCAGCUCCGGCUCGGGUCCUGCCAGUGUCCAGAGUUCCUUUUCCAGCAGCAUCAGUAAUGGCUCUGAGCAGAUUUUUUACAGUUUCUGUACAUAACUGACCUGCAGUGAGGAGAGGAGAAUAAAUCCUUUUGUUACUCUA